UUCGAGCUCUCGCGACAUGCCAUUGAACACCGAGUUGACAAACUCGUACGGCAGCGUAUACGUGGGCCUCGACGCCUCCGAGCGAUUCAGCAACAACUUCGAGACCUACAGCGAGGGCACCAGAUGGCUGGGGAUACUGUUCGCCUUCCUCUCGAGCGUGUGCUUCUCCGUGAGCGCGACGCUCGUCAAGGACAUCCGAGACGUCGAUCCCAUGAUACUCCUGUCCAUCCGCGGGGCCGUGCAAAUCGUCGUCAUGAUCCUCGUCGCGCUCAAGAAUUCGUUGAACCUCGUCGGGCCGAAAGAUUACAAACUACUGAUCCAAUUGCAGGGCUUCCUCGCCGGUAUGAUGCUAUCGUUGCUCUACUACAGCUUCAGAAAGCUACCCAUCGGAGACGCGACGACGAUAGUCUUCAGCUCACCAGCGAUCGUCAUUGUACUGUCGUUCGUGUUUUUGAGCGAGCCCUGCGGAGUGCUGCGAAUCAUGGUCAUUUGCUUGCUCACCACCGGGGUUGUUUUGGUCGCCCGACCUCCUUUCUUGUUCGAGAUGAGCAAGAGUCCUCCCCAGUACGAUGCUGUUGGCUACGUGUGCGCCUUUCUGACGACCCUCUUUUCCGCAGUGAACAUCGUGGUCCUGCGCAAAUGCUCCAAAAUACAUUACUCCGUGAUGAUCUUCAACUCGUCGGUCUGGUCCAUAGUGGCGGCCGCGCUCUUCUUCUCGCUCGUCCCGGUGGACGCAAAUCACAUAGGCAGUGAGCUGUCGGCCCUUGGACGUUGGUCCGCCUGGGGUAUGAUCAUGGCGACCGCGGUGGCCGGCCUCUUGGGCCAGAUACUGAUGGUGACGGCCUUGGCGAUCGAGAGCGCCGGCAAGGUGUCGGUCGCGCGCUCCUUCGACAUCGUACUGACCUACGCCAUUCAGAUAUACUUUUUCAAGGAAAUCCCGACUGUUUCUUGCGCCGUUGGUGCUCUGUUCAUUUUGUUUAGCGUCGUUUGCAUGGGCUUCGAGAGGAACAUCUAUUCCGUCUGUGAUUUUAUACCGUAGUCCGUACGUA